GUGUGGGCCUUACUUUAUAAAAGGAGAACUGUGUGGAGAGAAGGACUACACAGGUAAAAUGAAGUUAUUUUUGCUCUUGGGAUUGGUGGCAGUGGCUCUCUGUGAGCCAAUCACAUUUGUGGGUGAUAAGGUCCUCCAGCUGAAACCCAUAAAUGAUGAACAUGUGACCAUCAUCAGGGAACUGGGCGAGAAAAUCAAGCUGGAUUUCUGGAAGCCUCGCAGUGCGGAUCUUGUGAGCAUCGACAUGACUGUUGAUAUCCACGUUCCUGCAGCUCAGCUCGCCAUGGUCUCCACCAUCCUACAGCAGAGCGACAUGGAAGUCAAGGUGAUGAUUGAUAAUCUUCAGGAGGCUGUGAAGGGUCAGAUGGACAACAGGAGUCCAACAAAGGGUCACGACUACACAAAGUACAACAGCUGGGCAACGAUCAAUGACUGGGCAAUCUCCAUCAGCUCUGCCAACCCUGACCUGAUCAGCAGGCAGUCGAUCGGUAACACUUAUGAGGGAAGAACCAUGCACCUUCUGAAGAUUGGAAAGAAUACAGGGUCUAAUAAGCCAGCAGUCUUCAUGGACUGUGGUUUUCAUGCCAGAGAAUGGAUCACCCAUGCUUUCUGCCAGUGGUUUGUUAAUGAGGCUGUGUCCACAUAUGGCAGUGAUCCUGACAUGACCAACCUUCUGGACAGAAUGGACUUCUUUGUUCUGCCUGUCUUCAACAUUGAUGGCUAUGAAUACACCUGGAACAGAGACAGAAUGUGGAGAAAGACACGAUCCAAGAACAGCGGCAGCAGUUGUAUCGGUACUGACCCCAACAGAAACUUCAAUGCUGGAUGGUGCACCGUUGGAGCUUCCAGCAACCCUUGCAGUGACACCUAUUGUGGAAGCAGUCCAGAAUCUGAGAUUGAGUCCAAGAAUUUGGCCAACUUCAUCCGCACCAACAAGUCCGUCAUCAAGGCCUACCUGACAGUCCACUCGUAUUCCCAGCUGCUGCUCUUCCCCUAUUCCUACAAAUAUGACCUGGCUGCUCACCACUCAGAGCUGAUGAGUGUUUCUCAGGGAGCUAUUGCAGCUCUGCGCAGCCUGUAUGGAACCAAAUACACUAGCGGCCCUGGUGCUGCGACUAUCUACCCUGCUGCUGGUGGCUCUGAUGACUGGGCUUAUGAUCUGGGUGUGAAAUACUCCUACACCUUUGAGCUGCGUGAUGAAGGCCGUUACGGUUUCCUGCUGCCCGAGUCCCAGAUCAAGCCUACUUGUGAGGAGACCAUGCUGGCUGUCAAAUACAUCGCCAACCACGUCCUCAACAACCUGUACUGAGAGGGAACCAUCUGAUAGAAAGAUUAUAAAACAUGGCUGUGCGUUAUGUGACAUACAUUUACUGCACAAUUGAAAAAUAAUCAUGAUCAGUAAAGUAAUAAAACACAGAUGUCUUUUUGUUGAAUAUUAUCUUAUGGAAAGUACCCCAAACUUUUUUUUUAUUUUUAUGGACACUUACAUUUGAUAAAUAUUUAAUGUUAUAUGAUAUCACACCAUUAUACUGUAGGAAUGCCCAUUGAAGAACAAAAUAAGUGUACUAAAUAGCAAUACCGAUAUAUUGAAGACCAAACUAAACCACCUUUUUAUGAUCUGAAAAAAGUCAGCACAGUGUAAUUGGAAAAUUGAAGACUUGAAGAUCUAAAUAUCUGUGACUUAAAACAAAUUAAAAUUAGACAGGUAUGUGCUGCAGAUUUGCCCUGUACCUACAAAUAAAGCGGUGUUUACAAAAUAGUUUCCCCAAAAAAGAGUUUUAGGCAAAUCUGUCCACCCUUCAGAGUUACAAAUGUUCUUAUCAUCCUAUCCUGCUUGCAUCUUCCUGUGGGUGCUACUGGAUCUUAGUCAUCCUUUCUCAAUGUUAUUAAUUUGUCAGUAAAUGUAAAAGAUUGACAAUUUUAUUGCGGAGUACCCCAGGGCUCGGUGUCCAGCCCAUUUCUUUUUACUCUGUAUUUACAUACUACCCCCUAGGUCAGGGGUUCUCGGUCCUGUAGGUCCGGUGUUUUAGCUCCAACCCCAAUCAGACCUAUUGAUGAUGAGUUGAGGCAAAAUGGAGCUAAAAUUUGCAGGACACCGGGCCUCAAGGACUGAGUUUGAGAACCCCUGCCCUAGGUGAUAUCAUUGAGAUGAUUGUCUUGUAAAACUCAUAAAUAUGCUUAAUUUUAAAUUAAACCCACAGCCGUA